GGUACCUUCUCUUCUUCCUCCGCAAAUCCAACAACAACGAAGAUCCAUUUCUAUUGAAACAUAUACAUACAUACAUAUAAAAUAUAUAUAUAUAUAUAUAAUGAUAAAGAUGUCGUUUCAGAAACAAACCCUUUUCAUUUCUUCACUCAUCGUUCUCUGGUACUCAUCCAACAUUGGCGUUCUCCUGCUCAACAAGUUCUUAUUGUCCAAUUAUGGAUUCCGUUUCCCAAUCUUCCUCACAAUGUGCCACAUGGCGGCUUGCGCCUUGCUCAGCUACCUCUCCAUUGUAUUCCUGAAGGUCGUGCCAUUGCAGGCUAUCAAAUCUAGGCAGCAGCUCUUUAAGAUUGCAACUUUGAGCGUCGUCUUCUGUGGGUCUGUUGUCGGAGGGAAUGUCUCGCUUAGGUAUCUGCCUGUGUCGUUUAACCAGGCUGUUGGAGCCACGACGCCGUUUUUCACCGCCUUGUUCGCUUAUCUCAUGACUCUUAAGAGGGAGGCUUGGGUUACCUACGCUGCUCUCGUGCCUGUUGUUGCUGGUGUCGUGAUUGCAAGUGGGGGGGAGCCUAGUUUUCACUUGUUUGGAUUUAUUAUGUGCAUCAGUGCAACUGCUGCUAGGGCCUUCAAAUCAGUUCUUCAGGGAAUCCUGCUUUCUUCUGAAGGGUAAUUGCUUCUUUACUUUUAAUUCAUGUCUCUGCUGCAUAAAUACAGCAACAGAUUUGUUGAAAUGAAGAAAAAUAAGUGAACAUGACAUGGUUGGAAACCGUAUCCGACACUUAUAAUAUGGAAAAGAAGAGAAGGCAAAA